CAGUUUUGAGAAGGAGAGCAUCUACUGGGUUAUGAACUGAGGUUGCAAAGUGAUAAGAGAUAACAACUGAGAAUGUCUGCGUGGACUGGCAUGAAUGGGUCUAAAGGCGGAGCUAGCAAGAAUCAUCAAGGCAAGCAGCAGACUGCAAGCGACGUGAAUUCAUACUUCAAAAUUAAUGAUAUCGACAAGAUCAUCAACAUUGCUAUCAACAAGGUCGCUGAAGAGAAACCGAAUGACUUCAAGAACGGACUUGCAGAUGCUCUUGAGAACGCCUCCCAUAUGGCCAAGAAAGAUAAGAAGGCUCAUUCGAAGGAAGAUGCAGAGUCUGCAAAGAAGUACCUUGAGAGUCACAACGCUGAGGCCAUUCUCAGUGAGAUCCUCGGGAAGAUCGCUGUCUCCAUGCCAUCCAACCCAGCUCAAGUAUUGGCUCAUCAUGCCAGAGAGGCUACAGGACAAGCUCCUGCCGGACAAGCAGCUUCUAGCCCUAGCCCUAACAAGGGCGGCAAGAAAGACAAGAAGGAUGACAAGCCUGCAGCCGCUUCUCCGGCUCCCAAGCAGCAGGACACCAGCGGACCCCCUGCUGGAGUCGACGCUAAGAAGUGGAAGGCCGCAGUCAAGGAGGGAGGAAAGAAAGGCGUAGAGCUAGCUGGUUGUGCCGACAUGGGAGGGCUCGAGUUCUUCACCACUACCAUCGACUCUGCUGACGGCGCGUUGGAGUUGCUCGUUGCUGCGAUGGAUGGAGCGAACAAGGAGCCUGACCCAAACGAGGAGGAGGCCAAGGGUGGCUCGGGGAUGGUGGGCAAGAUGUUCCUCUCCUCCAGCGACAAGCAGCUUGGUCUCAUGUGCUACGUGCCUGAGGGCAAAACUAGCAAGUGCAACGCGUCUGAGUGGAUGAAGGCGGUCUUGGCACCGGUGAACGGAGAAUUCGUUGAAGGCAACGAGAAAGUGGCAAAGGGCCGUUCGGUCGGAGAUGGGCAGAACAAGUUUCCUCUCAAGGACAAGGAUACUUGCCAAGCAGCGUCGGUCGCGUGGCUGAAGGAGCGAGGCCUCUUUCCGCAGGGUGACGACGAGGGAGACGACUGGGUCCCCGAUGAGGAUGCAGGCAUUGAAUGGUGAGGUCAGUGAAGUGACGAUGAGAAACUCUUUGGCCUCGAGUCUGUCCUAGCGCGUCACGCCUUGAGGUGGUGGAGAUAAGAUGAUGGUUAGCCGAAACUGUGAAGCUUUCGCACGUAGUAGAUCCUGGCAUUAAAUUUUGUCCUGUCAUUACAUUUUUCCUCGAG